AUGGCUGCCGGACUUCAGGAGAACCUUUCUCUGGUUGUUAAAGCUAGUAACCACAUCAAUGAGGAAGAUUUCUUUAAUGAAGUAUUGUCGAUUGCUAAAGUUUUAAUGCCGCAUAAAAAUCCGGCGCACCUGGUCAUUGUGUGCAGUCUGGAUAAUUAUAGACAAUACGGUUUUAUCACAGGUUUAUUAAAAACAUUAACACAGGAAAAUCCAAAAAUCACCGGUAAACUGAUCAGUGUAGAAGAGCCUGUUUUCCGGAAUAUAGAAGAACUGACAAAUAUAAUGGCAGCUGAACAGCAAACCAUUGAUCAGGAAAUACGCUAUCGUGCAGGUUUACGUGAAGUGAGAACGAUGGAAAGCAUUUUAGCUAAAACAUCAGAUACCGCAGAUGUUCAAAUCAAAACCGGCGGUGUAUACCUGAUUAGUGGCGGUGCAGGUGGAUUGGGGCUGAUCUUUGCGCAGUAUAUCAGCAAAACCAGGGGUACAAAACUAAUUUUGACAGGAAGAAGUGAAUCGUUGAGCCCGGCGCAGCAAAAAGCAGUUGCCCGGCUUGGAAACGCAACUUAUCACCAUUGUGAUAUAAGUGAUGCCGUAGCGGUAAAUGAGCUGGUUAAAAACAUCCUUGCUGAACACAAAAAACUGGAUGGUAUUAUUCAUAGUGCUGGUGUAAUCCGUGACAGUUUAAUCAUUUACAAAACGGUAGCAGAAGUAAAACAGGUCUUUGCUGCUAAAAUAAAGGGAACGAGAAAUCUGGAUCUCGCCACGAAAGAUCUGGCGCUGGAUUUCAUGGUCAGUUGUUCUUCGGUAGCCGGAGUAAAUGGCAAUGCCGGACAAUCGGAUUAUGCUGCUGCGAAUGCAUGGAUUGAUAAUUACGCUUAUUAUAGAGAAAAUGAGCGUCUUCAGGGAAGGCGUCAGGGUAAAACUUUGAGUAUUAACUGGCCUUUAUGGAAAGAUGGAGGGAUGCAGCUGGAUGCAGAAAGUGAAACUUAUAUGGAGCUGCAUUUCGGUUAA